GAUAUUGUGAGGUGCUAUAGAUGAUGACUACCACUUGACUAUCAGAUUGUGCGCUUUAGGUUCGCCACCGUCGUCGCCGCCGCUUCCCCGCCGGGAACCUCCACCUGUUUAAUUUCCGGUACCGGUAGUUCAUCUCCGUUCCUGUUAUACGAUCCAUUGAUUACAGAAUCAGGCGUAUAAUUAUACGUUAACUAUAAAAGGGCAGACGCAGUUGGUUAAGUGAAAAAUUGGGUGGAAAAUCGAUCGAUCGAUCUGUUCGAGAUGGGGGACUCCACCGCCACCGUUAGGGGCGGUGAUAAUACCUCGUCUGAGAGGAACGCGGCAGAAGAAGUUUGUCGAAUUGUGGAACAGAGUAAAGAGUUGCAGGAAUCGGCAUCAACUUUAAUUUCUAGAAAUUCGCAGGAGGAAGAGUCGUUAAGGAGACGAGCUUUAGCGCUUGAUUCAAGCAUCAAAAUGCUCCAUUCGUUCAUUUCCUCUUCCGUCAAGAAAGGAAAUUUGGAUCCAAAAGAUGCCGAAAAAUUCGUUGAUGAGCUAAGUAGAGCGCGUUAUACCUUGAAUGAAGGAGAUGCAGCUGCAUUUCUUCCCAGCAAGUCUCAUGGAAGAUUUUUGAGGAUGUUUCUUGGUCCAAUAAAUGUUCAUGCUAACAGAAAGGAUGUUCAAUUGAAAGUGAAGGAGGAAUACAAUAGGUUCAGGGAUAGGACUGCGUAUCUAUUUCUCUUUUUCCCAUCAUUGCUACUGCUGCUAAGGUCGUGGUUUUGGGAUGGAUGUUUUCCUGCAUUACCUGUCCAGCUUUAUCAGGCGUGGUUGCUCUUUCUCUACACAGGGUUGGCUUUGAGAGAGAAUAUUUUGAGAAUUAACGGAAGCGACAUACGUCCAUGGUGGAUAUACCAUCACUAUUGUGCUAUGGUGAUGGCACUCAUUAGCCUCACAUGGGAGAUAGAAAGGCAACCUGAUUGUUCCCAGAAGCAGAAAGGUAUACAAUUGUUCCUGAAAUGGGCAAUCAUGCAAGGAAUUGCAAUGCUUCUACAGAACAGAUACCAACGGCAGAGACUCUAUACUCGUAUUGCUCUGGGAAAGGCUAGAAGAAUGGAUGUUGUGUGGGGAGAAACUGCUGGAGUAGAAGGUCAAAUAUGGCUGUUAUACCCGAUACUCUUCGUCUUGCAGGCUUUUGAAGCAUUCGUGGGUCUGCUGUUGCUGAAAACCGCAGUGGUUGGUGUCGUUUCUGAGUGGCAGGUAGUUACCUGCGGAAUUCUUCUGAUAAUUAUGGCUGUCGGGAAUUUCUUAAACACAGUUCAAACCCUCGUGUCAAAAUCGCGGGUGAAAGCCAAAAUGAAAAAAGGUAAAAGCAAGAAUGACUUGCUUCAGGUAUCCUCAUGAUUUAGAAAAUCAUGUGAUAUUAAACUUGUUUCCUUUCUACUAUGCCUCAUUGGAGGCGUGACCGCGGUGUAGACCCCGGCUCCGCUUGGUUACCAUCCGAUGGUGCGUAUUUUUGGCUGUUUAUGUUAAGAGUGAACCCUUGGGUUUUAUUAAACCUAGCUUUUUUAUAGCUGUGCCCAUGGUUCCAUUGCAAUUCUAUUAUGUUUAUAUGGUUUCACCAGUUUUGUGGUUAGCCGGUUCUCUAGAGACGAAAGGAUGAUUUUUACUACAAGUUUUUAUAACAUUAUUGCUCCCGGAAAGCAAUUUUAUCACGGUUUGUAAGUACGGGGUCUUUAUGGAAAUAAUUGUUUACCGUCUGAGCCGAAGGACAAGUUUGUAUACAUUCGACGUCGACACCAGAGAUAUAUAUUAGGCUCAUUUGGCUUGGUUUGCAUAGUAUAACGCAACGUUUGGUUAAUAUAAACGGAGAACGUGACCAAAUUGGUUUGAA